GAUGAGCAGAAAUGGUUGGAUUUUUAACGGCCUUUCUGAGGCGGGUUUUUGUUCCCUGACGACACAAAACAGAAACAACCUCCCGACAACACGAUCCUUUCGUUUGGGUUUGAUUGCCUUACCGCAACACACCGAUUGAUCCUACCCGCAUCGAGAAUCCGAGCAUCACACAGUACGGUAGCGCUACGGCAUUGACAAGGAGAGCAACUUGAAGCGAAGCGAAACAAACUAGAACCCCGCAACGAUGCCCGGUCAACGAGCGGUGAGCUCAGCUCCCUCGGCCAAACGCCGCCUGGACUUUGGCGACGACGAGAAGGACACCCAGAGAGUCCAUUCGGUGCAACCGGUGGGAUCGACGUCAUUGGAAUCGUCCGUGCAGACAAACUUGGUUGCAGGGACCCCCCAAAAGAAAAAACGGCGAACCGACAGUGGCAUCGCCGGUUACUUUUCCUCGCCUCCCCCCGCGACGACCACGGCGGUGGUGACCCCCGAGAAAGAUUCCCUCGACGGCGAAACCGAAGAUGACGCACAUGUCCCGAGGUACAUCCACAAGAACCUCGGGUACAAGCGCCGCGGGGAUGCCGUUCUGGACCCCUCGGUGGAGGCCGCCUUCGCACUGGUCGAGGAGCACUGCGGGAUCCCGCCCGGGUUCGAGAACGACCGGAAGUACGGCCCCCUCAGCGGGACCUGUUUCGAGCAGCGCCUGCUUGAUGCGUACGACAAGGGCAUGGUCAGGCCAAAGAUCGGCCCGGGCGGCAACACCACCGGGAUCGAGAUUUGUACGCACUGCGCUAGUCUGGGGCACGGGCGGGACGAGUGCCCCGUGCUGAUCUAGCGAGGGGGGGGGGGGUACCAGGUACAGACCAAACCAAAACCUAAAGAACAACAAACCAACGCAAAACUG